CUCUUUUCUUGAUUUUGGGUACUAAAGGCCAGCGUUGCCCUUGCAGAUGUACCAGCGAAAUAUUCUGAAGUAGACUGUCAUAGAGGACCCGUCGCCUGUGUCAUCAUAACUAGGUAGCCCCUGAGCCUGAUUACUUCUUGGCUGCUGGGCAUUAAUCUUGCGGUGUCGAAGCUGUCAGACAAGAGCACUAGUAUGUCUAGCAUGGAUAUAUCUUGUUUUGUGGUCUAUUGCAUUGAUGGAAAAGGGAUAUGAUGAUGCCCGAUUCGACCUAGCCAUCAUGACACAUUUCUAGAACAAUGUCGAGAGUCAAGACGUCAAACCGUCUGUACCUACAUACAUGAAUGCGACUCUGACAAAGGUUUUUAUGCGGCUGAGACCGGAAAUCGGCAAAGUCUUCCCAAGCCUAAAUUGAAAGGGAUCUCGUCAGCUCGUCCAGAGCUUGCCCUGCUCCAAAAGUCUCACCCGUCCAUCAAUUCCUAGCUGGGGCGUAUGAUGGGGGCGCCCCCAAUAUUUCUUCAUUGGCGGGGUUUUAGGCUCUCAAUGCUGUAAAUUAGGGACGCUAGAGCCUAAACUGACCACCCUCUCCAUACCUGCAGGGGUUGGACGGGCAUGUUCUAUCGGCUGCUGCCCACGCGGCGCGGUGCCGCGGCGCCUUCUUCCUUCUUCGUUAGUCUAGUUCUACUCUUCAGUUGAUGUGACCUUCCAUUUAGUUACCUACCUUAUGCUGUAUCCUCAUAAGCUGCGCCUCAUCUUCCCCCGCUAUCGUUGGCUGUCAUUGUCCAUUAUAACCUCAUUUUAACAAAUAACUUUCAAUUCCAAACUUAUUUCCCAUAACUCGGGCCAUUUUCUCUCGAUAAACCCUCGGCCUCGAAUCUGCGAUCUCGUACAUGUCUCCGUCUCAUCCGCGCCGACUGAUUACCCCUCGCUCCUGAGAUCGAUUUGAAUACAAACAUUGCCCAUCAUGGCUGAGGUGGACGCGAUGCCCACCUUUGGCUCAGAGCUCAAGGAUGGCUUCAAACCCGCGAAUGCAUGGCUCGGUCACGGCAUCGCCUGGCUUGAAGAUAUACAGCAAUUCUACCGCGAGCGCGCAGCCAUCGAGAAGGAAUAUAGCGCAAAGCUUACAGCACUUGCCAAGAAGUACUUUGACAAGAAGAACAAAAAGACGGCUCAGCUCAGUGUAGGAGACACUCCUGCUAUGACGCCCGGCUCGCUCGAAAGGUACGAACGCAGUCUCUCAUGAGUUGGCUUGAAAGCACACGCUGAUCACUGUGCGACCACUACAGUGCUUCUUUGACCACAUGGACAACCCAGCUUACGACGCUCGAAUCCCGCGCCAACGAACAUGAUCGAUACGCCAAUAAUCUCAUUUCUCAGGUCGCCGAGCCGCUCAAGUUCUUUGGCGGCCGUUUUGAAGAAUUGCGCAAACGACACUCCGACUACGCCACUAAGCUCGAGCAGGAGCGCGAUGCUUCAUAUGCCUCACUCGCCAAGACAAAGGGUAAAUACGACACUGUCUGCCAAGAGGUCGAGUCUAAGCGUAAGAAGACCGAGUCGCAUUAUGACAAGGCCAAGGCUCAGAAUGCCUACACACAACAGCUCUUCGAGAUGAACAACGCCAAGAACACUUAUAUCAUUGCGAUCAAUGUUACCAAUAAGCAGAAGGAGAAAUAUUACCACGAAUAUGUCCCCGAGGUUAUGGAUAGUCUACAGGAUCUUAGCGAGUUUCGAACGACCAAGCUGAACAGUCUCUGGACAGUUGCGACGAACCUCGAGUCUGACAUGCUGCAACAAAGCAAUGGCAUGGUCCAGCACCAAGGCACCGAGAUUCUGAGGAACUUGCCCCAUCUCGACUCCAUGAUGUACAUACAACACAAUAUGGGAACCUUUAAUGAACCACCCGACAAGCAUUUCGAGGCCAGUCCUGUUUGGCACGAUGAUGGCACCAUGGUAGUAGACGAGACGGCCAAGGUCUUCUUGCGCAAUGUCUUGGGCAAGUCCAAGUCGCAACUAGGAGAAUUACGGAGGGAGGUUGAUAAGAAGCGACGAGAGGUUGAGAGUCUCAAACAACUCAAGCAGCGAGUAAGGGAAGGAAAAGAGAAGAAGGACGAGGUGGAAGUUGUUCGCAUACUCUUCUCAAUGCAGGAAGAUCUGCAUUCUAUUGACCGUCAAAGACUGACGGCUGAAGUCGAAACAUCGACAAUCACAUCUGUGGUGGGUGAUGUGACGUUGGGUGCAAAGAACCACAACUUCAAGAGUCAAACGUUCAAGAUACCCACGAAUUGUGAUUUGUGUGGAGAGAGAAUCUGGGGACUGAGCGCAAAGGGCUUCGAUUGUCGAGACUGUGGCUACACAUGCCAUAGCAAGUGUGAGAUGAAGGUACCCCCUGACUGCCCUGGCGAACAGACCAAGGAUGAGCGCAAGAAGCUCAAGGCCGAACGCCAGGAUGCCGCGAACAAGCUGCUCAAGCCUAGUGCCACGAUGACAUCGGUACAUUCUAAUGCUUCAGAUGGACCAGAACUCACCCGUUCCAAUACCAUGACGUCUCUAAGCUCUCACUCGGCACGCCCAUCUCUAUCGGGAUCCAUAUCUGGGCAGCUCAGCCCAUCAGAGGAAACACCACCAGACGCAGGACGGCCAAGCAUGUCUUCGGCCAAGUCGUCUGGCACUAUGCGCAAGAACAGAAUCAUGGCGCCUCCGCCAGCAGCUUACAUCACAGGGUCCGGCGGUGAGACAAAUGGUGGUGCAAAGGAAGAAAAGAAGGGCAAGAUGCUGUAUGCAUUCGAAGCUAGUGGUGAGGGUGAACUCACAGUACAAGAUGGUCGAGAUGUGGUACUGCUGGAACCUGAUGACGGCUCCGGCUGGGUCAAGGUCCGCGCAGGCUACAAGGAAGGUCUCGUACCAUCAUCAUAUGUCGAAUUCACCGCCGUUACUAUACCCGCUGCUCCCGCUCCCGCAGCCCGACCAUCAUCUACCUAUUCCACCUCCACAACAUCCUCCCUAGCACCAUCAACCAAGAAGAAGGGUCCCGCAGUAGCACCCAAACGCGGCGCAAAGAAGCUCCGCUACGUAGAAGCGCUAUACGAAUACACGGCACAGGCUGAGUCAGAGCACUCCAUGGCUGAAGGCGAACGCUUCGUCCUUGUACAGGAUGACCCGGGCGAUGGCUGGGUCGAGGUCGAGAAGGCGGGCGUCACGGGAAGUGUGCCCGCGAGUUACGUGCAGGCCGUCUAGAGAACGAGCAGGGGUUGCAGAUGCGGGUUUUGUCGGCGCACGAUGAAGUCGCCUUGAAAGAAGUUCCAAUUUUACCUCGUACUCAUUUGGUUUCUCGGCAUGAAAACUGGUUCGGAUGUAUAUAUGAAGAGGACAAAGCGGAGCUGCAUGAUUGGGAUUCUGUUUCAAACUUCACCCCAAGAGAAGAGAAGAUAAGGCAAGACAGGCGCUGUGUAUAUUUUGGGCUAGGCUAGGGAUGCAUUCAUGGGGUAGAGGUACAUAGCGCAUGAACUCGGGGUUCAAAAUGGAAGACAUGCUGAGCCGCAUCGCAUCGGUAUGAGCUUACGAAGCAACUUGUGGUGUCUUUGCCACUCUACCGAAGUUUCCGGAAAUCAAGAGUCAUAGCAUCACAAGCACAGAAAAAAGUCCAUAGGGGAAGUUUAGAGGACGAGGAACUUGGUUUUGAAACAUGAGAACUCUAAUAGCACUCAUCUGAGAAGAAAAGGGAUGCGCAUAACAUCCAUCUGGUAUAUUACAGGGGGUAUUACAGAUAAAAAAGCUCAACCGUCAGACACCUUUGGUUCAUUUCUCAUGUAUACUCCUUGGUAUACCGUCCCGUUUCAUAGCCCCUAAUCCAUCUGCCAUUCUUUCAUUGAUCAUGUGAAGUGUGCGUGUGCAUUGUAUUUGUGUAUCAAACAGGAGGGGGAUAUCAUUUCUUUCAGUUCCAGUACCUUGGAAUAAACGCCGUGCCAGAAAAAUUGAGAGUAAAAGUGUAAAGAGUCAUACCAGGACUCAUACUUGAUGUGAGACAUGAGCACCAUGCAUAAAGCCGAACGCCGAGUGGAGUGUGCAUAUGUUGAGUGAAAG